AUGCCACCGGGCGACUGGUCGUACGAGAUUGUGCUGGGCGAUCUGAUGGCCAUUGUGCUUAUGGACGCGUGGGUCGCCUCUCUCUACUACCUCGAUAUUUGGACGCAUUCGACCAUGUUUGGUACCGCCACGAUGCAAAUUCAGGUCAGCGGUGACACUUGGCUAAUGCUGCAAGGUGUCCUCUACCUCGCGCGCUCGGUGUGGUUUGCGUACUGGGAUGUCUGCCUUGUUUCGUAUGUACUCAAGCGCUGGAAGAAACAACAUGCUUUCAAGGCAGGCUCGAACCACCGGAUUGCUUCAUGA